UUAACGUACGUACAAAAGACUUCAAUUGUCGGUUUUACUGUAGAAAUGUUAAAUCAUUUCUUCAUUUGCGUCAAUGUUACACAUCAAAAUAUCUAUGUACGUACUUCUUUGCAGAACUGCUGAUUUGUACUUGAACGAAAUGAGCAGUUCACUGAAAACAAAAGGCCCAACCCUUUCAAACGAAUAUUAUCGAAACCAGCGUCCAAAGUUCACACAGUGAUAAGAGCACCUCACCUGACGUUAAACCUUCUCGGAUUGCCACCUAGAAGGCAUCUUAUUGCAGAGUAAUGAGACGCAGAGCAUUCACCUGACACUACAGGAACAAACAUGGACAACAGAGGCAGGUACAACAGCUCAUCCGUCUGGCUGAUGCUAGUCGUUUUUCAGUGCUGCGUACACUUCGGUGCCUCCCUGAUCUACUGGACCGCUUACGUGGAGGUCAGAUACUUUGACCGAGGGACUAAUACAACUGUGGGCAGUAUAUGUGAAUGUGGUGUGUUUGGAGUGAACGCGCUCGUGGAAUCGGCUUCAGGACUGGUGGUGCUUCCAAACUCGGAUCCUCUGGCAUGCUCGGGCAAUACUACGUUCAGCCCCAGCCAGAAGCAAUGGGUUGCCCUCAUCAAAAAAGGAAAUUGUACGUAUUCCCGGAAGAUCCAGGCCGCCCAGCGACAUGGAGCCUCCGCAGUGGUUAUUUACAACAUAGAUGGGACGGGCAAUGACACCAAUCCAAUGGAGCAUUCAGGUAUGACGGCUCUUAACUUACACGAGAGUGCCUGAACUUGUUUGAAAAGUUCGACUAGCUUGAGGUAGUGUAUCGAAACCAUCAUAAUGAAGCCAUCAGGUGUUUCAUCAUGGCAUCCCUGAGCCUUUGGCAUAUACGAUUUAUCUUUCAAAAGGUAACUUUGUUCAAAUGUUUUUAGAUUUAGGUUACUGUCUGUUUAUGUCAGUCAAGAUGGUGUUGGCUAUAAGAGGUGUUAAGAAUAAUAACUGUAUCAAGGGCCAUUGGUCUAAGCAAACAAAUGAAAACUAGCAUUAAAAUAAUCUUGGGUGAAUCAUUUUUGUGACAUUAUUUUCUACAAUUUCCACCCCAUAAUCACAGCGCUUUAAUAUGAUACAUUCGUAUUGACCACAAUGUGGUAGUAUUUGUUCAACUGCCCUUUAUAUAGGCUGAUUGACAAUAAUCCUAAAAUGAGCUUCAAUUUCAUCAUUUCUUACGUUAUCUGUGUUUUGUUUGUAGGGUGCAAUGUACAUGCUUUUAUGAAUUGUUAUUUUCUUAAUCUCAUGCCCUUCGUUGUCUAAGUGCUCUUAUAUCUUAUCACGUGUAUAGUUAUGAGAACCCAAGUGAACAAUGUGUCACAUGAUCAUGUGGUUUAUGUUUACGACUAUGUAAUGAAAUUUAACUAUAAUGUUUCAUAACAAACAAAAGUACAGAAAUUGUAAUCUACGCAUCUUUUUAGCAGCACUUCAGAAUACUCUAGAAUACACAUAGUGAGCAAGAAUGUUUAGUGCUACGUUAACAUUAAGAUCACAACUAUAAUGUAAGUGCAUUAUUUGCAUUAUAAUGCAUUAUUUGCAACAUCAGUAGAUUAAGUCAUACUGAUGAUGAUUUCCACAAGUAACAGUUACACAAUAUUUAAUAGAUUUUAUUACACCUCCUGGAGGUUCGUUUUGAA